CAUCCAAACCGGAUGUUUUGUGUCUGAGGAGCUCAUGGAAGAAACCGGGCCAAUAUGAAAUGUGAAUCGAAACUAACAUUGUUUUGAAUUCAUACCGUAUUUAACAUUAUCGUAAUGGUAUAGUUUAUUUAUUAUCAUGCUGCCAGACGCUGAAGGUUCGUGUCCGUUUGUAGAGGACAGUUUUAGUCGCUUUCCGUCACAGAGUAACAUAUACGGGCUGUGCCAAGCGGGAGAAGACGAGCUGCUGGCCGCGACACUUAAAGGAAAAGUGGUUUGUUUUCGGUACCAAGACCUGCAGCAAAAAAUCCGACCUGUGGCUAAAGAGUUGCAGUUCACUUACAUACCAGUCGAUGCUGAGAUUGUGUCCAUCGAUGCGUUUAACAAGUCCGCCCCUAACAGAGGCCUGGUGGUGGGAAUCACCUUCAUUAAGGACUCGGGUGAUAAAGCGACACCGUUCCUGAAUAUCUAUUGUGAGUACGAGCCAGGGUCAGAGUUCAACCUGGAGUCCAUCGCUCAGAGCUGCCUGAACCUGGAGCUGCAGUUCACUCCCUUCCAGCUCUAUCACACUGAGCUGCAGUAUGAAGAGGGUCACAGAGAGACAGUAUUCCUGCUCAGUGGACAUGAUCAGCGCAUACACCUCUAUAAAGAAAAUGCUUCUCUGCAUCAGUUUGAGGAGCAGCCAGUCGAGCGUUUCUUCCCCGAGCUGACCGAUCUGCCCAGCAAUGUGUUGUGGAUGAACGUUUUAAGUAUUGAUGGUGGUCACCGGCUCACGGCUUUUGGCUGUCAGAGCGGCUGUGUGGGGCUCGCACUCGUCAACCAGAGAGGACCUGAGAUCCUCCAGAGUUGGCGUUUGCAGCAGGACAGUCCCAUAUCCACAGUAUUACUCUUCCCUCUGAAGGUGGCGGCCCAGAACAGCAACCCAGCCGAAGAUCAGAGGAAUCCUUUAAUACAGUAUAACCUGUUGGUGAGCAGCACUAUAGAGAUGGCCGUGGUUUACAGAGAUGUAGAGCAGUAUGGUGUGAGCAGGGCAGUGUGUUUAGCAGGCAGUGAUCAGUGCGAUGCUGUGCUGUGUGCUCUCCUUAUCGACCUGGACUUUGACGGACAGCUGGAGGUGCUGCUGGGAACGUAUGGACAGGACCUGCUUUGCUACAAAUUCCAGCAGCCUACAGACAGCACAGAUGGGCGGUUCCAGCUCAUGUGGAGGCGGAGCUUCAAGAGCCCCCUGCUCUCAAUCAUCUACUUGGACCUGACUGGGGAUGGAUUGAAGGAGCUGGCCAUUCUGACCAUAAAAGGACUACAUAUAUUACAGCAUAGUCUCAGCAGCACGGCUGAUCUCGUUCUGCAGCGACUGGCCAACAGAGUGGCGAAGCUCUCUACUGACACUGAAAUCCAGCCAGUUACAAAUAAAGACUCUGAACAGACUGAACAAUGAUCACAUCUGGAACAUUUCAUCCUGAAACCCUCCUGUACACGCUUGCAAUGGCACUAUGGGAUGUGGGCAGCCAUUUCAGAUUUGCCACUACAGUCGCUACAAUAAUACUAACAUUAACAUUAGAACUCGACCCUGUGAUUGUUUGUUGUCAUUAUGCGAGUGAUCAUAAGUGGCUUGUGGACUGUGUGUUACCCACAAUGCACUGCAAGUAGACAAAACAACACUGACAGGUGGCUGCCAACUGCGAGUUGGUUUACAAUCUAAUAUUUACAUCAUUGUUGAAUGAAGUGUAGUACAAUGCUGCUAUCCUCUCUACAACAUACAGCCACAGGGCAUUUUUUAUUGCAUCUUUGCUUUCUCCUAAUCAUUUCAUGUUGAUUCCACAUCCAGUGAAACACUGAUAUAAGCUAACAGCAUUAACUAUCUGAUCGUGUGCAGCUUGUCAUCAUGUGUCCCAAACCUUUUUAUUAAGCAGUAUCUUAUAUUAAUUUGAUAUAUUAUAAAUCAUAAUAUUGCACAUGUGAACGACAUGAUAUAUGAACAAUAACUCCAGGAAUUUCACAAAUAAAUAACUGAUCAUUCUCUACUGAAACUUAUUGUACACUUUAUUUCCAAAAGUUUUGGGACGUCUGCCUUUACCUGCACAUGAAUGUAAUAUGGAGUUGUCCUGCCCUUUGCAGCUAUAACAGCUUCAACUCUUCUGGGAAGGCUUUCCACAAGGUUUAGGAAUGUGUUUAUGGGAAUUCUUGACCGUUCCUCUAGAAGUGCGUUUGUGAGGUCAGGCACUGAUGUCGGACGAGAAGGUCUCUGCUCUAAUUCAUCCCAAAGGUGUUCUGUGGGGUUGAGGUCAGGACUCUGUGCAGGCCAGUCAAGUUCCUCCACACCAAACUCACUUAUCCAUGUCUUUAUGGACCUUGCUUUGGUCACUGGUGUACAGUCAUGUUGGAACAGGAAGGGGUCAUCCCCAAACUGUUCCCACAAAGAGCAUGAAAUUGUCCAAAAUGUCUUGGUAUGAAGCUGAAGCAUUAAGAGUUCCUUUCACUGGAACUAAGAGGUCAAGCCCAACCCCAUGAAUUCAAUUAAUUAAUUCAAUGAUUUGGAGGGGUGUCCCAAAACUUUUGCCAAUAUAAUGUACUAUUUCAAAUGGUAUUCAAUGCACAUAGUGGGGUUUUUUUUUUAUAGCUGCAGAAAUAAAAUAUAUUUACUGAA